AUGUGCCGUGAUGGAUUGCUUUAUAAAUUGAAAGACAAGUAUGCAAUUGCGGAAGACUUGCCAUCCAUGAUUUCCGUGGUACAUCAAAGGGCACGGCUCAUAAAGUCGAGAGGCCGACUGAGCGAAGAGGAUGAUCAGAAUACGACGCUCCUAGAUCACUUACGAGAGCCGGUACCUAAAGAGUCAUAUCAUGGUAACCAAUAUCAGCUAGAUGAUGUUGCAAAGGGCUCGGAGAUCCCUGCUGAGCGUUUACUGGAAUCAUGGAAUUGGUUGAGCGAAAUUCGUAAGACGAUAGAACGAUUACUUGACGAUCGACCCCAGAAUCCGUUGAGGCUGUUUCUCAAAGUUAUUACAAUCGAUGAGUUGGCCGGGAUGGUGAUGGAGUCUUUGAAAGCGGGGCAGAACCUGGUCCCGAUCGGCGUCUUUGAAUAUGACCUCGUAACACCGAUUGUGCGUGCUGUGCAAGCCAAAUUCGUAGAGAAGAUCGGGAUAGACGAGGCAAAAAUGUGGUCUUCUGUGUUCGACGAUUACGUGACUCUGUUUGAUGAUGAUGAGAUUGCUCGUCUGCAUACCCACAGAGAGUGGUGGAUCAAAUGCUUGCCGUCGGAAUGGUGUCCAUCCAUCUUAUCAAGUAAAAUGUUGGACGCGUUCUCGUUACGCAACGUAGCAAUUGAAGAGGAGUCAAGAGUAUUCGAACAAGGAAGAGUUACGCUUUCGAAGAUGCUGGCCAUCAACUCGAAACUUUUAGCGUUGUUAGAUGAGCACCCAUUCGACUACAUCGUUUUUCCUACCCAUCAGCUUCCCAUGACGGUGCCGCCUAGACCAUGGUGCGAUGGCGGACAAGGAGGUCCGGAGUAUACUCGGCGAACGCUAAUUCUGCGCAAUUUGCCAGGAUAUAAACAGAAUUGA